UCUCUCUCUCUCUCUCUCUCUCUCUCUCUCUCUCUCCACCUGACCUUUGAAAUGAGAUUUUAAAUCCAGUGGUAUUAAGUGCUUUCACACCAUUCAUAGCCCUUCAAGCCCCUCUUCACCCCUUUCAAAUUUCAAAACCCCAAAAAAAAAAAAUAAUAAUAAUUAAACAAAAAAUUUUUUGAAUCCGAAACAUUUUAGGGUUCGGAUCUUCCCGAUCCGCUUAAUCCAUCCUCAUUAUCGUUCAUUACCUCUUUCUCAGAUCUUUCAAAAACCCUUUUGCUGUAAUUUUUUUUUUUUUUUUGGAUUGAAUCGAAACCCAAUGGAGUUUUGAUUGUUUGCACGCACUCGAGUUUCUUGUGUGUGAUGGAUUUGGAUAAUGUAGCGGCCACUGAUGGGGUUGAGGUGACCCAUCCAAAUGGCACCUGUGGGCAACUUCCUGCCUCUGGAGAGGAUGAUGUUUCAGACAAUUCUAUAUGUAAAAGUACUGAGACUGUAGUGCCGAAUGGGAAUGCAAAAAUUGUUGUGAAUUUGGAUGAUGGUAAGACUAAUGACUCAUCUACUGGUGAAGUGAAAGAGGAACUAAAUGUUCACAGUACAAACAAUGGUUUGGCUAUUGCAGAGGCUGGGGUAGUGAAAGGUGCUGAUCAUCCAAAGCAGUCCAGAUCACAAAAGGUUCAAGGCACAAGCAAGAAUGAGAAAUCCAUGAGCUCGACAAGUGUUUCAGCUGGUUUGCUUAAGAAGAACAAAGAUGCAAAAGAUGCAAAGGGAACAUCUGUUCAAAAUGGUUCAGUUGCUUUGAGUUCAAACCCAAGACAACCAAUUAAAAGCAGCAGAUCAUUUAAUGAGCGAAAGCAAUCUGGAAAGUCUGAGGCAGCAUUGUCUGAAAGCCUUAUGGAAAAAACGAAGCUGAAGCCUUUGAAGAAAGAAAUUGUUGAUGAUAAAUCUGAAGAAGAAAAUCAGUCUAUUUCUCCUACAUCAGGAGAGGGCAAACCUCGCAGGGUGGGUAUGCUACCAAACUAUGGUUUCAGUUUUAAGUGUGAUGAACGAGCUGAGAGAAGAAGGGAGUUCUACUCAAAACUUGAGGAGAAGAUUCAAGCAAAGGAAGUUGAGAAGAACAACUUGCAAGCCAAGUCCAAGGAAACUCAAGAAGCAGAGAUUAAGAUGCUCAGGAAGAGCCUAAACUUCAAAGCUACUCCAAUGCCUAGCUUCUACCAAGAGCCUCCACCUCCUAAGGUAGAGUUAAAGAAGAUACCAACAACAAGAGCUAAAUCUCCCAAGCUUGGGCGAAGGAAGAGCUUACCUCCCGUUGAUUCUAAAGGAAACAGUAACGCAACCAAUCCAUCUGGCAGGCUGAGUCUGGAUGAGAAAGUUUCUCAAAACCCUACCAGAGGAUCUCUUGUGCAUCCAAAGAAGCCACAACGGAAGUCUCUUCCUACACUUCCAUCCGAAAAGGCCUCAUUACCCAAUACAGUAAAUGGGCGCAAAACCAAUGCUUCCAAGGCAAAUGUGGAAAAGACAAAUGGACUUAAUGCAAAAAAUGAAGAAAAAACUUCCAAUGCAAAUGAAAAGCAGACCAUGCAAUCCAAUACAACGAAUGAAACUGGAUCUUGCACCCAAGAACAGGAGGGAAUUCACGAGGCUGAGCCUGGUGAAACUCAGCUCCUAAAAGAAAAGAACCAAAUGGUUGACGAGCAAUGUCAGCCCACCCUGGCUCAAGAACCUGUGGCAUUGGAGCUUUGAGCAGUAGGGACAGAGAAAUGGAUGCACAUAGAAAAGGCCUGAAUGACUCCAUACAUCAAAAUAAAGGAAUAGACCUCUAUUAUUCAAGGAAGAAGGCAUGAAGGAAUUUCGUGUUAUGGUUUGUGAUGUCAUCUUGUCCAUAGUCAGCAGCAUUGGUUGUUUUCUUUUGAUUGAUUUCAAGGUUGCUGGUCUUUGUCAUUGGGAUUCUGCAUUACAGUUUGCAGCAAUGUAUGUAACUAUAACCCAAGUUGUUUCUCUAAUUUAUAUGCUGUCUAAAUCUUUGCAUUAGAUGCAGGUCAUCAUUGGAAAUGUUUGGGAAAUUUUGGUAAAAUCUUCCGGUAGAUAGUUCAUGUUUGGAAGUAUUCUAAAAGCCUAUUCUGUUCAACGACUGGGAAUUAUGAAUGAAUGAAGGCUGAUUUUGUGUGGUGGA